AUGAUUAGGGCGACUAGGGUGCAAGCUAAUGCAACGGUAAAUGUCAGGGUUUGGGAGGUUCAAGUUGAUGUUUUCAAGCUCGAGAAUACUGAGGCUUGCCACCCCCCCCGGUGUGCCCAAGGCACAGCCGCGCUCCUGACACGCAGGGGCAAUCGCAAGAAGAACAUCGCCAAGAUCGAGGACGGAACCAAGCUGUUGAUCACCAACCUUCCAGCAGGAGCCGCCGUGGAAGACCUGAAGGAUUCAUUCUCGGUCUUCGGACGGAUCCAGUAUGCUGGAAUAGACGGUGGGCGGUUGCCACCGGCAGCCGUUGCUCGGCCAGUCCCUUCUUCCACAGGACCAACCCGCAGCGACUACGGCGGCGUCAAAGGGCGCCCCGCUUUCGGUGGGCCCUCUUUUGGCGGCUCUUCCUUCGGCGCCCCCGGCAGGGGAACAGUCCGCUUUGACACGCCCGAGAUCGCGGAGGAGGCGGCUGCUGCAUUGGACGGUCAGGAGCUUCGAGGCUCGAUCAUCUCAGCCCGCUUGGAUCCAUCCUCCAAGGAUGGCACAAAAAUCUUCGUCGACAACCUGGAGCCUUCCGUGGAGUGGCAGGAUUUGAAAGACUUCUGCGCGCAGGUCGGUGCCGUGGCGUUCGUGAAAGUGGACAAGCUGCCGAUGCCUGCGCACGGCGGCAAGGGUGUCGGCGGCCCCCCGCAGGCUCCCAUGGCCUCGCAGCCGGCACCCUGGGCGGAGAGCCGAAGGCCGGCGCCACAGUUUGCCAGGCGUCCGCCGGCGCAGGCCACUAGCCGCGGCGAGGUCCGCUUCGAAAGGAGGGAAGAUGCUGCUAGAGCCGUGGCCCAGCUGAAUGGAACCAUGCUGGGAGCUGCGCAGAUGUUCGUCCAGCCGGAUGAAAGUUCCAAGGACGGCACCCGCGUAAUCGUCAGCGGCCUCCCCACUUCAGUGUCCUGGCAGGCACUGAAGGAUCAAUUCAAGGCCAUUGGCCAGGUGGCCUUCUGCCAGGUGGCGCCGGCACAGGCCGAGGAAGCGGUCGCACCUUGGCACGGUGGCUUCGAGUCGCAGCCUCCACCGCCGCCCAUGUUGAAAGCCAUCGGCGAGGUGCGGUACGAUUCUGCCGCAGCCGCCGAGGAUGCGAAGAAGCGCUACUCUGGCAUGGAGGUCCACGGCCACAUUAUCAAUGUCAAGGCGGAUCUCACUUCGCGCGAUGGCACACGUGUGCUGGUUAUGGGCUGGCAGUACCCUGAGUUGGUGGGUUCGGCUUUGGGGAAACAGGGCGAUUCACGUCUUGAGGACUGGGAUGAUGACGGUGGUGAUGCAAUGGUGGUGAUUGCCGAGGUUGUCAACAGCAGGAGGCGAUAUUUCACAGUGGAGAUUAGAGGAGCUUCAGAGAGCAUGAAUCCGAACCAAAGCGAUUUGCCUAGCUACGGAAGUACGAGUGGAAACCAGCAACGAGAAGAUCAACAGGUUAUGGGAGCCCAAUCCACCGUAACCGCUGCGACGGAAUUGCUGUCUGGAGACCAGAGUGAGACGAACGUCUCGCGUGGAUUUCUGGAUAUGGAUGGCGAGACUACCGCAGGCCAUGUGGAAGAGAACAGAGGCGAAGGGAGGAGUGCAGGGUCCGAACCUGCAUUGAGGAAUCCUGGAGCUCUGUUGAACGGAUCCAGUACGGCGGCGCCAAAGGCGACUCGGCCUUCAAGGUUGGGUGCUUUGUUGUCCGACGUGUCCUCGGCGGUGCAAGGAGCAGUGAAGGCUUCCCCGGCAGUGAGAGUGCAGGAGUCAGCAGAGAGGAGUGGUCCUGGGUCAGUGGGUACCGAAGGCACGAUGAGGACUUCAGGGUCAGGAUAUGUUACUGCAGUGUCUGAAGGAGAUGGGGCAAAGCAGUAUCUGAGACCUGAAGUUGCCAACCAGGGUUUUCAGGCCCCUCUGUUUUCUGUAGAGCAAGCAGAGCGGCUGGAGACAAUGGCGAAAGCGGCGCCCUUGAUCUACCCGGAGGCGCAGGGCGUACCAGAGAUUCCGCAUUCGGUGAGUUCGGGUUCGGGAGACGCCAUUCAACUGGAGGUCAGACGACAGUUGCAACAAUUCAUGGCUGUACAGGUAGAGCUUGAGCGUAGGGUAGUGCUUUUGCAAAGGGAGAAUGAACAGUUGAGACGAGGAGACCCCGGGGUUGGAAUGGACCAAGGAGUAAGAGGUUGGUUGGGAGGCUUAGGUAGAGGUCUAAUGGGUAUGGUGCAGCAGUCUUCGGCGAAGGCUGGAUCGACCGCCUUCCUCACCACAAGUGCCGUGGCGUCCGUGUCUCAAGUGGGGCAUGGACCAGCCUCGGGCGAGGUAAGCCAGACCGCCAUGUUUCAAGGCCUCACUUCAGGUGUCCCCCACGGGAUUCCGACUCCCGCCCAUGGCUCAGCUACCAGUACAACGCCGCAGGCCGUUUUGGGUCAGGCGCAAGCCCCAAUGCAUGCAGGUCAGGUGCCAGGCACACACCAGGUUGCAGCAGGUCAGGCACAGGUUCCGGCACAAGUAGGUCAGGUCCCAGGUGCCUUGCAGGUUGCAUCAGGUCAGGUGCAGGUUUUGGCGCAUGAAGGCCAGGUCGCAAGCGCAUACCAGGUCGCAUCAGGGCAAGCACAGGCCCCGACGCAUACAGGUCAGGUCCCAGGUGCCUUGCAGGUUGCAGCAGGUCAAGCACAGGUCCCGGUGCACGCAGGUCAGGUUCUAGGUGCCUUGAAGGCUGCAGCAGGCCAAGCACAGGUCCCGGCGCAUGAAGGUCAGGUCCCAGGUGCCUUGCAGGUUGCAGCAGGUCAAGCACAGGUCCCGGCGCACGCAGGUCAGGUUCUAGGUGCCUUGAAGGCUGCAGCAGGCCAAGCACAGGUCCCGGCGCAUGAAGGUAUCGUCCAGUUGCAAGGAGUGGUCGCGAACCUAGCAGCAACCAAAGGAGCGACUGCCGGCACACACGCGGCGGGCACGGAAGUGGUCCGUCCGGGCAUAAGUGAGCUCGCAAAGCUACCGUCGCCCACCUUGGAGGGCGCACUGGGAUUCGCAGAUUGGGUCCAUGCCAUUCGUCCUGCGAUGUCAGACCUCUCCGAUAGCUCGGGAGAGUGCUGGGAGCGACUGUUGUCGGAUGCACAGGACUGGUAUCACAACCAGUAUGUCCCGGCCACUCCACUGGGCCGGGUCCGUACGAAGUACGGAACCUCUCCCGCAGAACGGGAUGUCCGAUGGACCAGGGUGAGACAUCGCAUGGAACAUCUCAUCAUCCAGGCGUGUCCCGACACGGUAAAGUCCGAGUUGAGUGCAGCGAGGGUCAGCGGAGUGAUGAGCUUGUUGUGCAAGCUCCACAUGGUGUACAAGCCAGGAGGAGUGGCAGAGCGCUCAGAGGCCUUGAGGCAGGUGCAAAGCCCACAGGCGGCGGACUCGCCGAUCGACGCGGUUCUGAAGCUGCGCACGUGGCGCCGCUGGCUGGUGCGACUCACGGACCUGGGAGGGUCCCCACCGGAUCCGGCGGUAUGCAUCGUGGCCUUGGAGGCCAUCACCAACAGCGUGUUGAAGAGUUUGCCCAACUUGGGGUUCCGGGUCAACUUGGUGCGGGCUUCUCUUAAUGUGGACACUCAGCCCUCAACGACCAAGGUUUCGGAGUUCUACGAGCACUUGUUGGCUGAGCUCGAAGGGGUUUCCCGAGUGUCUCAGGCAACACCCUCCGCAGGAAGGUCCGACGCCAACAAGGUGCGACAGGUUGAAGCCAAGGUGUCAUCAGGAGGAGAUGCAGCAAAGAGGUUGUGCAAGUGGUACCAUGAGGGUGUGGAGGCACAGGCCACCGGAAGGAUGCUUGCACUGCCCCAGCCGGGACACCCAAGGUCUGAGGCGAGCCCCGGUAAGAGCCACCCUAAGGACCAACCCCAUAAGCCUAAGGCGGACGCAGGUCUGAAGAAGGUGCUGUCGGAAGCGGCAGGCGUCUUGAGGGAAGCAUUGCGGUCUACAGGAGGUGAGGCGGAAGGUCAGCAGGAAGGCGGCUCGCCGAAUGCCAAGGCAAGCAAUGGAGGAUCUGAAGGGGCCUCCCCAGCUGCCAGAGCAGCUAUGGACCCGCCGGUGAUGGCUACUGCGGCAAAGAUCGAGGCUCAGUUGCAGGAUUUGGAGGCCCGAGUUCUGGAAGGCAACGCCCGAGUAAGAGCAGUUUCGGUUGAAGAUAGCGGCGGCGCCGAAGAGCCAACAGCUCUUUUGGACUCGGGUGCGACCCAUACGGUCCUGGAUCCUACGGCUGUGAAGGCCAGUGAUGACUUGUUGCCCUGUAUGGUGUCUCUGGCAGGAGACCAGAAGCAACUGUGGAAGCAAACGCCAGGGGGUUCCCUUGUCGCUCCGCACAGGGACGGAGGAGGAGAGACGCAGACGAUCCUGCCAUUAGGAUCGCUGAUAGAGCAGCUGGGCUGCAGUGUCAAAUGGUCUCGAAAGACAGGGUUGCAGCUGAUGCACCCCCGUUUGGGGAAGCUUGACACCAGCAUGCGUAGCGGAUGCCCUCAGAUCAGCAAGCGUCAGGCCCUCCAGUUAGUCCGAGAGCUAGCGGGGGCCCACGUGGGAGAACUUGAAGGGCGAUUGAGAAGGAUCCAGUCUCAGAUUGCCGCGCAAGGACACCAGGAGUUUCAGGCGAUCCUGGAUGAGUUCGUGUCUAGUGGUUCGCAGGUCUCCUCGCAAAAGCUUGUUGACCGGAUGCCGUUUCUUAGGGAGGUACCGCCUCGUGUCUCCAGCAGGUUGGCCACCAAUCUGGAAGGUGCCCAAGGUUGGGAGUUGCUCAAGGCGUUGCCGUUGAACCGCAGGAUGCGGAAGCGGUUGCACAACUCAUCCUCGUGGGUACUGAGUCUGUGCAGCGGAAGGGGUGACCCUAAGUUGAGGGCUAUGUGUCAGCAGCAAGGGUAUGAUUUGGUGGAGGUGGAUGUGCAAUUGUCCCAAGGUUGGGACCUCACCGACGCAACCCUGUGGCGAGCGAUCUCGUGGGCAGCGUUCACUGGCCGAGUGGCAGCUGUGAUUGCAGACCCCCCAGUGAGGUCGUGGCAGCGCAUGAACACCGCAGAAGGUCAGGCGCAACUGAGGUCCGACGCAGAACCAUGGGGUGUCAAAGGGCUAAAGGAUUCUAGUCAGAUGAAGUUGGACAAUGAUGUUCUCUUGAGCCUUCAGCCGUUGUGGGUUUGUACCGUUGCAUCGGUGGCAAGGGGCCAAGGAAUUCCAAUCUGCGUCACCGAAGGUGAGUUGGCGAGCGUUCACACAACGGUUGUGAAAGAGAAAGUGAUGGAGCCGUUUGCAAAAUGGAGUAAUUGCCGUUUCUACCAGGCACCGUGGACUGUGAAGGGAGCGCAACACACGAGGCCACUGCGUGUGUGCAGCAAUCUAGGGUUUAGCCCGGAAGCCUUAAGUGGUUUAGCAAGCGCAGACCCGAAACCCGAUGUCGCGACCCCGACGUGGCCCGAAGGCUUCAGAUGGCAGUUACGUGCAGCUCUGUUCAGUCAAGGCGUCCAUUGUCAAGGGGAACCGAAAGGGACCCCGAGUGGCCACCACGAGCGGGACCAGGCCCGAGGUUCAGCUGAGGAGGAGGAAGGUCCGCAAUCGGGUGUGUGCCAUCCCCGUCAGAUCAAGGGUGAGCGAACCGAGGUGCCACAGGUCAAGGCCAUUGACUUAGGAGAGCAGUCGGAUCAGGAGUUGAUGAAGGAGUUUGCUGCCGUCCCCUUGGAAGGCGAUGAAGAAGGAGUUCAGGCCAUGCCCGCGGAGGCGAACCAACCAGCAGAACCGAACCCGACCUCAGCGCUUUCGCCCGAGCAACGGGAGGGGUGGCGAAGGCACCUAGAAGCACAUCACAUUCCGUUCCGCAAGGACUGUUUGCAGUGCGUUAUGAGCGGGGCGCUUGGCCUGCAGCAUAGAAGAAUCAAGUGUCCCAACAUGUAUGCCCUAAGCUUUGACCUCGCCGGACCCUUUAAGGAGCUAGGCAAGAACGAGCGUGGAGGGAAAUACAAGUAUGCCCUUGUAGCUGGACUGAGAGUGCCUAGCGUUGCCCUGCCACCAGAGCCUAGUGGGCGUCGUACAAAGAAGGGUUCGAGACCCCCAACGCCGGAGGCCUUGCAGAGUUCCGGUACCUCACAGGAGAAGCCAGCUCCCCUCGCAGAGGGUAUGAGCCCCAGGGGGCCACCGGAUCAGGAGGAGGAUGAAAGGUAUGAGGCCAGUUUGUUCGACCCCUCGGACUAUGAUCCGGAGGAGUUCGAGGAUGGGGCAGCAGAGCCAAAGGGGUUGGAAGAAGAGGAGCCCCCUGCCACCGAGGCGCCGGACGUGGACCCCUGGGAAGACACCCAAGGAAUCUCUAAGUUGAGCGAUGAAGAGUUUGAUAAAGAGAUUGCCAAGUUGGGGUUUAGCGGGGAAAACAAGACGGCCCAUACGGACCGAGCUCGAGAGGCCGUGUCCAAGGCCACCACCGAUUGGUUGCAGUCUCAGUUGAUCCAGCCUUCGUUCACGCAAGGAGAUGAUCCCAAGUCAAAUGGGUUGGCCGAGCGGUUGGUUGGUUGGGUUAAGGCUAGGGCCCGGUUGCACUUGUCAGCGGCAGGACUAGGCUUUGAGCAUUGGCCCACCGCUAUGGCUCUAGCCUGUGCUGAGCACCGUCACCAGACUUUGGGGUUGCCAGGUAGGGUGCAUCAGUAUGGGCAGCGGGUAGUGUUCAAGUCCAAGCACCCGACAGGAGAGUCAAAGAAGCCCUUCUUGCGUUGGGAGUAUGCCACUUACUUGACUCCCACCACGCAAACUGAUCAGGGCCAUGUGUUGCUGAGGGAGGCCACUGGAGGCUACCUGAUUGCCCGAAAUGUCAGGCCCACUAGCGAGCUUGUUGACCCCGAAAGGGAGCUAGAGGUGCAGCCAAUGUUGGAGGCAGAGGUUCCUGAUGAGGCCCCACGUGAAACUCCGGAGGUGUUGAGGCGCGUCACCGGAAAGAGGGCCGUAAGGGCCGUCACAACAGCCGCAGAAGCACUAGCCGAGGAACUUACGAAGGAAGCCGACUACAGCCCGGAGGCGUGUGGUAGGUUGUUGCAGCUAGCCUUUGGGGGAGCCAUCAACAACUCGCGUAGGAUGCAUCGGGGUUCCUUUGGGUUUUCAAUCGUGCUUGGUGCUUAUGGCCAUGGCGGACUUAGAGGGAUAACUCGUGCGACGCAGGCGCACCAGAGGUUGUGUGCGUACCUCAACAGCUACUUGCAGCGUGGUGCGAGAACCCUGACAAGGGCUCCGCAGUGGUCUGCAAUCACAGUUGUCCAAGCAGAUGAAGUUGGGGUGCACCGGGACGUAAGGAAUGAGCCAGACACUUUGAACUUCUUGUCAGCUGUGACCAGUCGCCAGUUGUGGUUAAGUGAGCUAUCAAAAGAAGGUGUUGAAGGGGCACAACCGGUGAACAAAGGAGUUGUGGUAACAACCCCGCUUGGAGCAGAAGAGGCAGGCGUUGAGCACCACCUAGGAUCCCGAGUGGUUUCCUUUGAUGCUCGCCAUUACCACGCCCUAUCACAAGCCACCAGUUGGGUUGUAGCUGGUUAUAGUCCCCUUGGCACCACAAAGCUCCCAGGCAAAGACCUAGAUAGGCUAAGGGAGCUAGGCUUUAACCUCCCCAUGACUGUCCAAGGUGAGGAGGCACAGGUAUGCAAGCUUGUGGGGCCCAACCCACAAAGGAUGCCCAUGCCCCGUGCAAGACGGCUUCAAAGGAUGCCAGUGCAAACUCAGCACUUGAAUGUGCGUUUCGCAAGAAUCCCGCCGGAGGAGUGGAGGAUCCUUUGUGAACUGGACGAAGCGCAGUUUGAGCAAGGCAUGGAGCGGUGGACUAGGGUUCUUAGUGGGGCUGAUGAAGUUGGUGUAGGCCGCUUGUCAGGAGCAAUACCUCGGGGAUUGCUGGUGGGAACUUUGCGAGAUGGAAGGCAGUGGCGUGAUGAUCCCAUUUUGGAGUACCGUACACCAGACGGUAGGGCGGUUCCAGUAGCGCGUGUCUUGCAAUUCACAGACGACGACAGCAUGUACCUGGAUGACUCGCCGUUCCCAGAUCGGUUGAUGAUGUUUGAUAUCAUCGACUUGGAAAGGAACAUCAAUGAGGUGAUUGUAAUUCGGGUUCUAGUUGAGGAAGUAAGGCAAGCCCCACCCAUGAUGACCGAACGGAUCCUACAAGAGCCCGGGCCCCCGCCGCCAGAAGUCAUGGCUGUUCAGGCAACAGGCAAUGCGGCUUCAUCAAGUGAUCCCUUUAGCAGUGUCCCGAGCCAGCUUCCGGUUCCCUUGCCCAACCCUACCGCGUUGAAGCGGCGCACGGCUGAAGCGGUCCCGUUGCAGCCGCCGUUUCAGGAAGCACAGUUUGUGAAGAAAGCUGAAGUAGCAACCACGGACAACUUAGAGGUGCUUCUGGAAGGACUGCAAGAGCCUCUGUGCGUGACGCACACUGCGUCACAGGGUGAAGUGCGUCAACAUCUACCCCGGUGGAAGGCAGCCAUCCAGAAAGAACUUGAUGCCCUGAAGAACCCAGGUGUGUUGAGGAGCCACGUUGGAGAAGAGGCCCGCAGGCUUCUUAACAGCUCAGACACCACUGUGAUACCUUUGAAGGGCGUCUUCACAGCCAAAGCUCCAGCCGCAGGAGCCAAGGAGCUUUACAGGCGAAAGUGUCGCCUGGUGGCGUGCGGAAACCAGGCACCACACAAUGACGCAGAGUCGCUCUAUGCGAGCGGAGCACCCGCGGAGCUAGUCCGUGCCUCGUUGGUCAAGGCCAGCGCUCACCGAUGGAGCGCUUUCACGUGCGACAUCCGUUCAGCCUUCACUCUGACUCCAAUCCCGCGAGAAGCAGGGGCCAGAUAUGUGCUGAGGCCACCUCGGUGGCUCAUCGAGUUGGGCCUUGCGGAGCCCGACGAGUGCUACACCCUGGGAAAGGUCCUAUAUGGCUUCAGAGAAGCACCGGUCUGGUGGGCAGGAUAUAGGGACGAAGUUCUACGUGAAGCAGUGUUUGAGGGAUGUCGCCUCGUUCAAGGGAAGGCUGAUCCCAGCAUUUGGAAGAUCAUGAACGGGGAAGUGCUGAAGGGAUAUCUGAUCACCUACGUGGACGACUUCUUGGUGUUGGGAGAACGAGCUACAGCCUUAUCCUUCCAUCAAUGGAUCCUGGAAAAAGCGAAAUGGGAGACAGACGGCCUCUCAGAAGCUAAGCCAGGACACCCGGUGAGGUUUCUGGGCAUGCAGUUGGAGAAGAAAGAGGACGGGAGCUACACCCUGGAUCAGGAAUCCUAUGUGGAUGAGCUCAUCAGGGCCCAUGGCUUGACUGCGUCAAUGAAAUCCAAGGUCACUUGCCCAAGAGAAAUCAUGUACGGGCAAGAUGAGGAGGUGGUUGGAAGUGAUGAUUCCUCAGCAGAGGACGGAGAAGCUGUCCUAAAGCAAGCCCAGCGGCUAGCAGGAGAGUGUCUGUGGCUGGCUCAGCGGACUAGGAUCGACAUUUGCUACACAACGUCGGUUCUGUGCUCGUUGGUGUCAUCGGAGCCACACAGAGCGGUCGCCAUAGGAAACCGCCUGCUUAUGUACCUGGCACAAACAAAGAACUACAAGUUGACGAUGAAGGCGGACGAUUCCGCCCCCACUUUGCGGAUCUACACCGACGCCUCCUUCUCUCCAGAAGGGAAGCACUCCUACGGAGGCCACAUCCUCGAGUUCAAGGGAACCCCGGUUGUUUGGCGCGCAGGACGCCAACAGCUCAUAGCGAUGAGCUCAGCGGAAUCGGAGUUGAUUCAGGUGAUCGAGGGAUGUACCUACGGAGAGUCUUUCAUGGCUUUGCUGGAAGAUUUGGAUGUGAGGUGUGAAGCCGCUCAGGUGGAAGUCGACAAUACAGCAGCAAUUUCCCUGGUGAAAGGGGGUUGUUCCCAGAGAACAAGGCACCUCAAGGUACGAGGAGCCAAGCUGAACCAGUUGUUGCAACAAGGGUGGACGCUUGGCCACUGUCAAGGGGUGUACCAGAAGGCGGACAUUCUCACCAAGCCCUUGCCGUCAGCUAGGCUCAGGUUCCUGUGCGACCUCUUGCGCUUAGGAGCCGCAGAAGGGGAAGCUGAAGGUGCAGUGCCUAAGGUUCAAAAGGCCCAGGGAUUCGGAAAAGUGGUUAAGGUCUGCUUAGUUGGUUUGUUGACUUCGCUGCAAGGUGUAGUGUGCAAGGGCGAGGAAGCCAAACCCGCCCUUCAAGUGGAAUGGCCAUGGGAGUUGAUGUUGGCAGUGUUGUUGAUAGUACUGUCAACAGUCUGCCUAUGGGAGACUUUGCGAAAGGGAGUCACAAGCAAACACGGGGCGGAGCCUACCAGUCUUCCCCGCGUUCGGGCCGUGUCGGCUACCAGAGAGCGAAGAGCGAAGAAGCUUCGAGACCGUGUGGCGGCAGCCAUUGACGCCGCGGUUAGCGAGUCUAGUCCCACAGGCAGCGAAUCUACCACCCAGCCACGUAAGGGCCACAACAAGUGUCCGAGAUCACCCAAACAGCCUGAGGUGAUGCCGACGCAACCGCAGCCAAGUGUUUAUGGCGGGGUUAACAUCAACCUGAUGCAUGGCCCAGGGGAUACGCAACCGGAUGCUGCAGUAGCCCAUCGGCUUGUGUACGGAGACCCAUCCCUUGCUGGGAGUUCGAUACCGACCGGAGCGGUAGCACCACCACCGCAACCCGCUCGCCUACUGUGGGAGCAGCCACCGCUCCAAUCCGCGUCGUCGUCGAAUGCUGCUGCAUCGGUUCAGGGUCAAAGGGAAAGGGUAGUUCCAGGUCCAUCCCAACCUCGAACCGUUUCUCAAGUGACCCAGACAGACCCAGUGAUUGUUCUCCAUCCCGAGGCUUCAGUGUAUUCUUCAGCUGGGGGGCAUUGCAUUCAUUGUGAGAUUGGGUGUCGGGGUUUGAGAAAUGCGGGUCACAUUCAUACGAAAGGUAUCUGUCAGUACUGCCUAAGAAAGGCAGGGCCACGAACUGGUUUUUAG